GCUGAGAUUUAAGAUGUGACGUCAAGGGUGAAAGGUUACGAGGUUGACGUCGCGACAUGUGUAGUUGAUGUUGCACUCCAACAACCGCAAACUCCAAGAAAGCGCACCUGCCGGUCGCGAGCGUGCUGGAGUUUAUCCCGGCUGACUUCUGGCGAACGACAGGCUCAAUUGCUCGCCAGUGUCGUGUCCUGAGUCGCAAUGAGGAACUUAAAGCUGCUGAAGAGCCGGCACAGUUCAGAGCUUCGGGGUCCAGGCUCGCCGCAAUGCUUGUCGGUCCGCGUCGACCCUGGCACGGUACUGAUAGCCUCCCAGCACUCCAUCGCAGAAUUCAACCCUCACACCGGACAGGUGGUAAGCGAGGGCUCGCUGACUGCGGACGGUUACCUCCCGGCGGACGGCAGCGGAUGCGUGGUCGGGCUGCAGGACCUGGCGGAGGUCGAGUCCGCGUGCUUGGCCACGGCCGGCGGUGAUGUCGUCAUCUUUGACCUCAACACGGGACAGUUGGAGUGCGUCGGGAGCGUGGACAGCGGGCUGACCGCCAUGAGCUGGAGUCCUGAUGAAGAGCUCGUUGUUUUCACCACCGGUCAGGAAACCGUCAUCAUGAUGACCAAAAGCUUUGAGCCCAUCACAGAGUUUGCGAUUCAUCAGGAUGGCUUUGGGGAAGGGAAGUUCAUCACAGUGGGCUGGGGCAAGAAGGAAACGCAAUUUCACGGCUCAGAAGGAAAAGAGGCCGCGCAGAAGAAGGCUCAGAACGUGAAGCCAGCGGCGGAGUGGGACGACCGCCGGCCCCGGGUCACCUGGCGAGGGGACGGACAGCUCUUUGCCGUCGGUGCCAUCUGCCCGCAGACGGGGGCCCGCAAGGUGCGGGUGUGGAACAGGGAGGGGGUCCUGCAGGCCACCAGCGAGCCCGUCGAUGGACUGGAGCAAGCGCUGUCCUGGAAACCCUCCGGCAGCCUGAUGGCGAGCACGCAACGCCAUCCCAACAAGCAGAGCGUCGUCUUCAUGGAGAAGAACGGCCUACUGCACGGAGACUUCACCCUGCCCCUGAGAAAAGACCAGGCCAAGGUGAAGGAGCUUCUGUGGAGCAACGACUCCAAGGUACUGGCUGUCUGGUUUGAGGAUUUAACAGGGGGCCAAGAUGGUCGCGUCAACACUUGCGUACAGCUGUGGACGGUCGGAAACUACCACUGGUACCUCAAGCAGAGUCUGGAUUUCGGCACAGACCCAAGUCAGGCUCCGGCGUGCAUCUGCUGGGACCCCGAACAGCCCCUGCGACUGCAUCUGGUCACCCGUGGCUGGACCUACCUGGCCUAUGACUGGGGCUGGACGACAGAAAGGAGCCAGCGGACGGACGCCUUGGACAACGCCAACGUAGCCGUGAUCGACGGAGACAAGAUCCUGGUGACCUGCUUCAGGCAAAACAUUGUUCCUCCACCCAUGUGCUCCUUUGAACUCCAGCUCAGCUCACCUGUCAAUCAGGUGACCUUCCUCUGUCAACCUCAGCGGACCAAUCAGCUGGCAGCACUCACCGCUAAUGGAAGCAUAGCCGUUUACCACCAAGAUUCUGGAGGAGAACCCGACAAAGGAGCAAAUGGUUUCAGAACCGUGACCCGUCCCCUGGUCCUCCAGAAAACGUUGAGUGUCGCCUUUCCCCAGGAGGUGCCGCUGUCCCUGCGACAUCUGCUGUGGCUCCAGGACGAUCUUUUCGUGGCCGUCGGCUCGGGUCCGGUGCCGACCUCUUCUGCCCUGUUGGUGCUGCGUCCGAGCCAGGACAGCGACGCGCUCUCCGUCAGAUAUCGGCUGGAAGUGGACGGUGUCGUGAUCGGCUUGGUCUGCUGCUGUAGCACGCGGUCGUUGGCCCUGCAGCUGGAGGACGGACGCAUCAGGAAAAUCACAUUUUCUGUAGAUUGUGCCGAGCUCUCUUUGGAGGAGUGGCGCGACUCCAGCGGGUGCCUCGUCAAUUUCCCUACGCCCUGCCCUCAGAUGGCGCUCUGCAGUGUGGAUGGCCAGGCGUGUGUGCUGGGCCUGACUGACAGAUCUCACCUUUUCGCCGCAGAUGUGGAGCUUUCCCCCAACGUGUCGUCCUUCGCCGUGUGCGACGACUUCCUGGUAGUCACCACGCACUCGCACACGUGCCGCUGCCUUCGACUGAGCGCGCUCGGGCCUACAGGGCUGCAGGCAGCCUUGGCCCAGGACGGCGGGCAGAAUGACGAGACCCUGCGGCGAGUGGAGCGGGGGUCCCGCGUGGUCACAGUGGUGCCGCAAGACAUGCGAGUGGUCCUACAGAUGCCGCGUGGGAAUUUGGAGGCGGUCCACCAUCGAGCUCUGGUGCUGGCUCAGCUCAGGCAGUGGCUUGAUGAUUUGAGGUUCGGGGAAGCUUUCGAGUGUAUGAGGAAGCUGCGCAUCAACCUCAACCUUCUUUACGACCACAACCCAAAGGCGUUCCUGGAAAACACGUCCACGUUUCUGACGCAGCUCGAUUCCAUCAACAGCAUCAACCUGUUCCUCACAGAGCUCAGGGAGGAGGACACCACCAGUAGCAUGUACCCCCGCCCCGAAGGACGCCCGCAGCCUUCGCAGCGGCCCCCCGUCUCCGGUUGCAAGAAGGUGGACUUGGUGUGCGACGCUCUUCGCGGCGUCAUGGAGGCCACAGAUCCCAACAAGUUCUUUCUGUCCAUCCUGACGGCGCACGUGAAGAAGACAACGCCCGAGCUGGAGAUCGCCCUGCAAAAAGUCCACACGCUUCGGGUGAAUCCUCCCGAUGGGGACGGCGGCGUGAACGCCGAGGAGGCGCUGAAGUACCUCCUCUUCCUCGUCAACGUCAACGAUCUGUACGACCACUCGCUGGGGACGUACGACUUCGACUUGGUGCUCAUGGUGGCGGAGAAAUCGCAAAAGGACCCCAAAGAGUACCUCCCGUUCCUGAACAUGCUGAAGGGCUUGGAAACCCACUACCAGCGUUACACCAUCGACAAACACCUGAAACGUUACGGCAAGGCGCUGGUCCACCUCAGCAAGUCUGGAGAGGAGCAUUUCCCUGAAGUCUUGCAGCUUGUGAAGGAGCAGAAACUGUACGCCCAAGCGCUGCGUCUUUACCCGGCCGACGGCGCUCACUACAAGGCGCUGAGCCGCGCCUACGCCAAGCACCUGCUGGAUCAGCAGCAGGCGGAGCAGGCCGGCCUGCUGCUGUGGAGAUGCGGCGAACUGGACGGCGCCCUGCAGGCCUUCGUCGCCGCCACCAGCUGGAGGAACGCCGUCUGCGUGGCGCAGCAGAUCCAGAUGGCCGACGACCAGCUCGCCCUGCUGGCCCGAGAGUUGGCAGGGAAGCUGAACGAACAGCGACGCUACACGGAAGCAGCCGUGCUGCUGGACCAGUACGCUAAAGACUGCGAGGAGGCCAUUUUGGCGCUGAUCUCCGGCGGGGCUUGGGAGGAGGCGCUACGACUGAUUCACGCGCACGACAGGGCUGACAUCACGGAGACGGACUUGAAACCCGCCCUGGUUGAAGCGGCCAGCACGCAGACGUUCCUGGUGGAGACGCAGGCGGCCGCGUUCGCACGCCACCGCACGCGUCUCGCGGUGGUGCGUCAGCGGAAGGAGGACAAGGCCCGGAGCAACGUGGCGGAAGACGACGGGCCGGACUGCGCCGACGCCGAGCUUUACUCUGAGGCCAGCGGCGUCGUGAGCGCCUCCAAGUACUCGCAAAGCAACUCGCGUGUCUCCUCGAGGUCUUCAAAGAACCGCCGCAAGGCCGAGAGGAAGAAGCUCAGCCUGAAGGAAGGAAACCCCGCCGAGGAGCAGGCGCUCACGUACGCCCUCGGAGAGAUCGUCACCUCCGUGGACAAGACGAGAGGUGAGCGUUCACUUGCGUCCGCUCGAGGCGCCGGCGUCACGUUUGCGGACGUCGGUCGGUGUUUUUCCGCAGAGGAGGUCGCGGCGCUGCUCAAGGCUCUGGCGCUGUUCCGCUUGGACAAGCAAGCCGAGGAGCUGCAGGGCGUCUUUGACGACGCCCUGCGCGCCAUGGAGGGGGCCGUCCCGGAAGUGUGGCCGCGGGGCACGCCGAGCAGCCGCGCGCCGAUGACCGGACCAAAUUCAACGGCAAACAGCAUCACGGCGUCCUUUCAGCAGCAGACGGCGCCGAUGUCACAACAAGAUAUUGAGAUUUCAACUCCGCCUACGAUGAGAAGCGCCGUCAAGUGGAAGCUGGACCUUUUAAACUAGUUCCUCUCUUUUUUUUUUUUUUUUUCUUUUUGUUUGAAUGUGUAAGACAAUACAAAUGAUGUAAAUAAUAAAGUUAUACUUCCACCAAACCUUCAUCCAGACACAA